AUGUCUCUUUCUGAACUUCUUCUCGAGGUACGUAGCUCGGGGCUUGCGCAAGCCGAUCUUCUUUUGGAUGUGAUAAGCCAACGUGAGCAACCUUCCGCUCCUGAUUCUGAGCCAUCUUAUCGCGGACUUCUCUUAUCUGGUGUCAAUUUAGCUUCACCUAGAUUCCUUGCUGUCCUCACGCGCGGCAUCCCUGGCUCAUAUCCGCACUUUUUAGUUGACGCCAUCUGGCCAUCGGCUAUUAUUGGCCUGGCACAUACUUGUCAUAGCGAGUUUGGCCAAUUUCCAUCUGCUGGGGCUACACUCGAUUCAGCAGCUCGGGGUAAUACUCGUUCAAUGGACGAUAGAGCUUUGCCUCCUCGAUACCUACUGGGUCCGCAAGAUGCCCUUCCAUCCAUGGGCACUGAAAUUAACUCUAAUGCAGCUGACACUAGAGAUCCGAUCUACCUGUUGGGUCCUGAGUUGGGUGAUGGUCAGGAUGUAGGAUAUGAUGGGAUGGAAGAGGAAGAGGAUGACAAGGAAGAAAGUUUAGAGGAUGAUUCUUCUGAAGUUGAGAGAGCCGAGGGAAACUUCGCUACCGGUAAAAGUGAACGGGAUGAAGACUACGUAACGGCCAAUCUGCUAGUGACAGGAGAUAGUGAAGAGCUGCUCGACGACCUUAAUCCUCCCGAAGUCGAUGAAGCUUCUGCUUCAGCCUCGGCCACUGAAGGGGACUUUUUUGUCCACUUGGCUUCAUCCACACCCAUUACCUAUGCUCUCGGAUUAUCUCACCCUGCAACUUCCAGAUUUCAGCCAAGCGAACCAGUCGGUAUACACCAGGCGAUCCACGGCAACCGUCACCAGCACUAUCAUAAUGUCCAGCAUCCUCACCAUCAUCGAACCUCGAUGCCGGCUCAAAACCGCCAGCAUCACCCUGGUACCCAAGUGCCGCAGAUCUCAUUAACUAGUCGCCAGGCGUCAAAUGCAUCCCUCUUAGCCCUCUCGGAGACUGCAUCGCUACCAUGUAAUGGAAGUCGGUGCGUUAUUGGGAUAGAUAACAAUUUCCGCGCUGGUCAAUCCUCUAAAGUUGAUGGUUUAUCGAUGCAUACUGACAGCUAUCAGGGUAAGCUCGCUCUCCUUGCACUUUAUCAUGUCAGUUUAAUUCUCGAUAUCAUUCCAUUUUCCGUUUUUAUGACCGAUUUCUAUCUAUAA